UGGGCGGGACUCUGUUGCUGUAAAGUAUCCCGCGCGUGCGCAGUGGACUCCUGCGCUUCCAUCUGUAACUCACGCCGGCCUCAGGGAGCGAGAUGUGCAGCUCUGGACAAAUCAGCCCCCUUUCAGAAACAGUGACUUUGCUAAAGAUCGGCAGGUAGAUGUCAGACAUCUUAUUUUCACCUGCCAAUGUGAAGAUAUAUUCCAGACAUUUCCACCAGCGCUGACGUCCAUCUCUUCGCUUCCGCCACUUCACAUCUAAAUCUGCGACGAUGCACAGCUCUAUGCCUUCCGUCUUCAGUAUGUAUGAGAUUGUCCCGGUGGGGUCCGGGGAGAUUGUCGGGGGAUCGAGAAGCUCUCCAGGAAGGAAGAGGAAGCUGGCUUAUGAAGGCCGGCCCCUGAUGAUGGCGGGGAUGUUGGGCUGUGCUUUGGUGCUGGCGGCUGUGGUUGCUUGGUGCUACUACUCUGCGUCUCUCCAGAAAGCCCAGCUGUUGAAGACAGAGUUAUUAGACCUCAACAAGGACGGUUUCAUCAUUCGUAACAAGGCAGGUACUGUCGUCUUCACCAUGACCUUCAGGUCUGGCACCCUGGACCUGAACUCCUGCUCAAAGGACGAAAGUAUUCUGAGCUGCACUCAUUCAAGUUCUGGCAAACUCAACUUCUUUAUCCAGACAGUGCAGCCAAAGGACACGGUGAUGUGUUACCGCGUGCGCUGGGAGGAGCUGCAAUAUACGCGUUUGGUGGAGCACGCCAUGGCCUAUAAUGAUUCCCAUUGGUACGGCGGGGCAGAGACGGCAACGCAGUACUGGCCUAUCCGGAUCAAGGGAGAGGAGGAUCCACUGCCUUUCAUCACCAGUGAUGUCUACUCCAAUCGGAACGCCUUUGGGGGAAUCCUAGAACGCUAUUGGCUUUCAUCGAAUGCAACUGCAAUCAAGAUUAACGACUCAGUGCCGUUUCAUUUGGGCUGGUCAGAGAACGACAGCACGCUCAGGUUCGAGGCCCGGUACCAGGACUCUCCCUUCAAACCACCAGAGGGACAGCAAGCCUUUCCUGAACUCAGCUAUAGAGUGUGUGUGGGGUCAGAUGUUACAUCUAUUCACAAAUACAUGGUGCGUCGGUAUUUCCCAAAGCCUAUCAAGGUCCCAUCCCCCGAAGUGUUCAAACAUCCAGUGUGGUCCACAUGGGCUCUCCACAAAACAUCUGUAACUCAGGAGAAGCUGCUGAGCUUCGCCUCUGACAUCACCAGACAUGGCUUCACAUGCUCCCAUCUGGAACUGGACGACCGCUACACUGCAGACUAUGGAGAGUUUGACUUUGACCCGCAGAAGUUCCCCAAUGCCACUGGAAUGUUUGAGAAACUGAGAGAGGACAAGUUUCAGGUGUCGCUCUGGACACAUCCUUUCAUCAACUAUGACUCCAUCAACUUUGGUGUUGCUGUGGAAAAGGGGCUGUUUGUUCGGGAGCCGAGCGGCGAGCUGCCUGCUCUGGUACGCUGGUGGAACGGCAUUGGUGGAAUUUUGGACUUUACGAACCCAGAAACUCGGGACUGGUACUCGUCUCAUCUACGCAUGCUCAAAACCCAAUACAACGUGACCUCCUUCAAGUUCGAUGCAGGAGAGACAAGCUACCUCCCCCACCAGUUUAGUACCCUGGUCCCACUUUCUGAUCCCUCCACCUUCACCCGUCGCUACACAGAGAUGGCAAUACCCUUCAGUGAGCGUGCUGAGCUGAGGGUGGGUUACCAGAGUCAGAACAUCUCCUGCUUCUCAAGGAUCAUUGACAGAGACUCAGUGUGGGGCUACGAGCUCGGCCUCAAGUCCAUCAUCCCAACAGUUCUCACAAUUAGCAUUCUAGGCUACCAGUUUGUCUUACCUGAUAUGAUCGGAGGGAAUGCAUACCCCAACCGCACCACAGGAGGUUUAAAUGGCAAAGACGGUCUGCCAGACAGAGAGCUGUACAUCCGAUGGUUGGAGCUGUCAGCUUUUAUGCCUGCCAUGCAGUUCUCUAUACCACCUUGGGCCUAUGACAAUAAGGUUGUUCAGAUAGCGCAGAAGUUCACGGAGCUCCACGAGACACUGGUGGCACCAAGGGUAUUGGAACUGGCAGGUGAGGUUCUUGACACAGGAGACCCGAUCAUAAGACCCCUCUGGUGGAUCGCCAAUGAUGACGAAGCAGCCUAUAAGAUCGACUCCCAGUUUCUCAUCGGGGAUGACCUGAUGGUGGCUCCGGUGUUAGAGCCAGGAAAGCAGGAGAGGGACAUCUAUCUGCCAGCAGGACGGUGGAAAAGCUACAAGGGGGAACAUUUUGAUAAAGGCCCCAUUUACCUCACUGACUACCCUGUGGACCUGGACGAGGUAGCUUUCUUUACAUGGGUUCACUGAAGACGCUAAAUCAUGAAAGACACAAACUCAUAAACGCACAUGCAUUUUGUAUGCUCAUAUUCGUUCUUUUGUGAGCACAUAUGCCGGGAAAUAGAGAUGAUGGUUUUCAAAGGGAAUCUGUUGCCACGCUAGAGGGUAGUUUUUGUUUAAGAUUAACCUCACGUCUUCUCUGACCUGGAGUCUUAUUUGAAACCGUUGCGUACGCAUCUUUCGACCCUACUUUGUGCGCACGCCACUUCUCACGCAAACGUCAGGUGUGCGUGCGCACAGUUUUAUAAAUCAGAAUAUUUUUUUGCAUACGCCAUUUUCGGCUCGUAGGUGAUUAGUAUCUCUCCUACCUACUGUUUUAUAAAUGAGGCCCCUGCUAUUUAUCUGGACUGACUGUGGGUUAGAGAAAGAGAAACGUCUUUUCACUUCUCAUUCUCUCGUUCCAUCCUUAAGCUGAUCCUCCUCAUCGUGUGCCUUGCACAACCAAUAAUAAACCGAUCUUAGAUUGUACCAUCAACCAGUCACCAGUCUUCCACCUAAAGGACAUCUAGAUAACAAUUUGUCCUUCACAGCCUGAGUCACUUGGCUAAAUAUGUUUUUGUUUUAGGGUAAACGGGUUUAUCUUAUUCUGCGUGAAUUUUAUCAGGCCAGAUGAAAAACUGAUAUAAAAUAUCUUCACUGAAUUGGCAAUAAAAAUGCACACUGAGUUGGACAGAUGCCCCCGUGCUCAGAGGACAUUCUUAACCCUAUGUCACUGCUGUAUUUUGAUUUUACGUUCACGACCUGUAAAGCUAACAUGCAUUACUUUACAACAUUAAUUCAAAUUAUUAAUGCUACUUAUAAAUUUGCAUUUAACACUCAUGGUUUAUGAGGAUAUUGCUUUUUAUAUUUAUUUUACAUUUUGCCUUCUUUUGAUUGUUGGAUGUUAAUUAUUUUAUAUACAGUUAAUUCAUGUAUUUAUGUAUUUAAAUUGGGGUGGGGUUGUAACAGAUGAAUAUUUUUAUGUCAUCAGUCCCUGACCUGUUGUGCCAAUCUGUCGUUUCAGUGUCAAAUCUAAAAAAAACUACUGUUUCAUGCUUUUCAUCUACAUUCACAGCUCAGGGUAGAUUUUAAAAAGAUUUGUUUUAUUAGAAUUAACUUUGUUGAUCCACAGCAAGAAAAAAAUUAUUAUACUGCUACUGGUUUGCCUUGUAAAACAAGAAUGGUUCUCAAAGAUGCAAUAUUUUCUUGUGCCGUCCACGUCUGCCUUGCGACUUUGAUUUGCCUUAUCAGCUGAAUUUGGGUAUGCCGGCCUUCGCACACAGAACUAGUGAGGAAAUAAAACACACUUCAGCACACAGUGAUAUGCUUGAUGCACUGCACCUUUAUGUUUUUAAGUAGUGACACUUGGAAUGAGAUAUCUGCCAUAUGAAUAUAAUGUAUGUCCUAAGCUUACCUUACACUGAUUAUUAGAGUAAAGCACACUACUGGUUAAGUCAUCUAAAUGCUGUUCUUGAAAAUGAUUAUACUAUAUAAGAUGGAGUCAGCACUGCUGUUAAAUGUUAAAUUUACUAAAUAUAUCAUUGUGAUGGGAUUAGAGCACGUUUCAUGUUAUUUUGAUGGUUUUUGUUUGAUGACAGUCCGGCUGCUGUGUAGGUUUCUUCUAUCCUUGUUCCAACCACAGGGUGGAGCCAAAGUCCAAAAUAGUCAAAGCUCACACAGCAACUUUGACAGCAACAACAAUAAAUGCAUAACUUUGAAUAAUAUCAGUCAUAUGUGUUUGUGGCAGGAAUUUAUGGAGACUAGUUGAACUACUGUAAGAUGAUACCACCAUAUUUCACAUGUGACAAGUGUGAAAGGUUGGUUAUGCAGUGAUGCGCAUCAUUUAAAGGGAUUAGAAAGGUUAAAUAAACGUAAAGUUGGAGAUGUGAAAUCCAUCCAGAAAUUACAACUGUCACCGAAGUGAAUGGGUAAUGUUUUUUUUGCAGCCAUAAAGGAUUACUUGCUCCGUUAUGAAGUUCGACGCCAAAGAAAACAAAAAGAAACCCCAUGGUUGUUGAAUAUUCUUUACACAGUGUGUUUAACGAGCUGUGAAAAGCUUUGUUAAUUGUAAGUGUGUUCUAAAGGGGUCAGAGAAAUGUGUUGGCCUAAGGGUAACUAUGAAAACAUCACAAAACUGAAGUCAGAUGUUUUCAACAGCAAUACACUCCAUUUCACCACCGACCAUUCAAUGAAUGCAUCUGUCAAAGCAACUGUGUGAUUCUGCCUCGUAAACCACUGUACUUGUUCCCUCUCCAGAUUGUAUUAUUCACUUUAUUCAUAUGUGGACUGUUUGAUUCUCAGUGUGCUGUAUCCCUACAGUAAAAACAAAACAAAGAAUUCAACUAAUUCAUCCAGGUUCAUCUCUGAUACAGAGUGAACCAAAUCUUGAAUUUUGUGUUUUGACAGUAACCGAAGGUAUUAAACCAAGAUGAUGAAAAUCUGUUGAAAUAACCAUAAACUCAAUUUAUUGUGUCAUGUCCUGUUCUGUCACUUGUCUUUCAUAACAAAGCUAUUUUUGCUGUAAAUCCUGAUGUGAUGCAGAACUCAAGGAUUAAAACGACUCAUUGGAUGAUCA